GGGAACUAUUUGUCGACGUGCCUGCAUGGUUCACGUUUUUGAAGAGUUAGUGAUCGUUUUUUCUUUCUUUUCCUUUUUGGAGCUGAAGGAGGUAACACAGCACUUCACAUGACAAGCUUCAAUGCAACCAAUAUUCUCAAAGUAAAGUGGAGCCAGUGGGGACAUCUGUUCUAAUCGAUUGGUUGGAGUUUUUAUUUCAAACAAGCAGUGCAUAAAAAGAAGAAGAAGAAGGAAAGCAACAUAAAGAAAAAAAAAAACUACAAUCAAAUAUCCCAUACUGAAAUACUGUGUACUGCCGUUUUGGGGGGAAAAACAAAAACAAAUCAUUAACUUGUGCAAAUAGUUGCUUUACUUUAACACUCCUUUUAAAUUCGAGAAAUAUUAAUGAUAUUUCCCAAAGGGUUCAAACUUUCAGUCUGUGACCUAGUGAUGAGUAUGUGUGCCUCACAGUUUUGAAGUUCAAGGUUUGACUCUCAUCUCCUGGUUUUCCUGUUUGGAGUUUCCACGUUCUCUCCACGCUUGUGUGGGUUAUCGCCAGCUUAGGUAUGCAGUAGCCUUUUUCUUUUUUCCAUAUUAUGUAAUGUAUGGACGUGGUUCUUGACCUGCUCAAUGUGUAAAGUGCCUUGAAAUAACUUAUGUUGUGAAAUCGCGAUUGACUUUGCUAGUUUUGUGGUUUCCAUGGUGUCACCGUACGCAUUGUCACUUGUCGUCAAAGUUAAGGCAGAAUAUUGUUUCACGUUUAACUAUUAUCAGUGGUUAACCUCCUUUUACGCUGGUAUGUGAGUUAAGAAUGUUAACAUGUCACUUAAAGCAUAGUUUGUUUACAGUAGUUGCUGACGGUUUUAUGAUGAUGAUAGUUUGACCACGGUAAGAAUUUUGUGUUUCGUUUUUUUUUACUGGAGAAGCCGACAUUGUAUAUGUUUUAAGUCCCUAUUGUUGCGAACCGGGAGGAAAUGCUUUGACCCGUUUUGCCGAAUGUGGAAUUAGGUUGCACAUAUACCGGAUUUGUUUGUGAAAGUUUAAAUUCGAAUCAAGUCUCGCUGUCAGGCGCGUCUUCGCUGAAUCUUUCAUCAUUUUCCCUUUCGUGUCCUCGGCUUUACAAGUAUGAAUCCCGUCCCUAACUGCAGGCGCUCCACUACCGCCGAGUUGUUUGAAAACACUUCAGCUCCAUCAGUUUCAUUUAAAGCCUCAAGGAUCCAUUUGGAGUCAUGCAUUAACGCCGCUCAACAGGAUUGAGCCUGGCAUUUCUCGUCUAACGGAGCAGUUUUCAGCCUGAAGAUCAGAGCGAUGUGAUGUGAUGUGAGCACAGGAGUAGUGCAGUGAACAAAGGUUCGCUGAGUUUGCUAGUAAAUCAAGAUUAUUGUGUUAAACUGACUGACGCUAUAUAAUUUCUGUGUCUCAUUGUGUCACACAUUAUAGAGCAAUAAAAACUUGGAUGACUUGUGAUUUUAUCAUUGUGUUUGUACUGAUAACAUUUGGAUUAUCACAUUCAUGGAGCUUUACAACUGUUAAAUGGGAUUAAUGGUGUUUACACUGGCAGUCUGUGGGUACAUAAACACUCAAACAAGCUAAAUGUUGAUGUUCUUCAGAGGACUGAGGAAGCUGUCUCCUCACCAUCUUUUUCCAAUUGUUCAUCCUGUUGGAGGGGAGGCGUUGAUGUUCUCACUACUUGCUGCCGUUAGAGUGCAUGUGAGUUGAAGGCCAUUUGGUCUUGAGAGGAGAUUUAUGGGCGAGUAUGGUGAGAGGAACACCUGGUAGGGAACGUUCAGCCCCUCGCUGGAGCAGAUGGAACAAAGGUUGAAGGAAAGGUGAACGCAGCUUCCAACUCACUGAGGCGUUGAGCUGCCUCGGUCGUGUUUUGCACUUUCUUUGUUUUACUGGCAGUUUUCCGUGUUUAGUCAGCAUAUGGCCUCACUGUGUUUUUAUAAGGAGGCUGGUCUGUUCAAGCACUUCCUCUGCCAUCUCCGGGCCAAAAGGGGUUAUCUAUGAAGCAUUUGCAUUUAGUGCUGAUCCCAAUUACGAUGGUUCAACAUUGUGGAGUGCCUUUUGUACGAUGUCUCUUUUGUCAUAUAAUUAUGUCAGGCUUUCAGUCGGGAUUUACUGCAGAGCUCCACCAGACAACAACUGCAGUUUAAGUGCUCUGUUGUAAAACUCUCCCAACAGCAGACGUACGUACAAGUGAAAAGGCCAAAAACCGAUUGUUCCCAUUUCAGGUCGGCAGUGAGAAGUCAUAAUAAUGACAAGAAAUGACCUGUUGCACACAGCCCGUAGUGUUUGGAGUUCAGGAGUCCAAAGAAACACAAGUAGCAGACUUUGAGCAACAGUGAAUGUUAACCCACAAGUGGUGCUCUAUAUAACAUCAGCCUCUUAUGUAAGGCCAUUUAAUAACCUUAAUACCUGUCUAAUAACAUGAGUGCAUUAUUUAUUGCAUGGCCUGUCAACUGAGCAAACAAUAUGCAUUUCUUCAGAGGCCUGGGUUUGUAAUUUGCUUAUCAGUUGCCUUCAUACAAUUUUCAAUUAAGACGAUGAUGCAUGGGGCUGUCAUUUCUCAAACAAAGAGAAGUGGCUUUUAUCUUCAGCCUGCUGGGUCAUGGCAGGACGACACAACUGUGACUCCUCAUUUCCCCUCGUUACACAGCUUUUAACCUCUCUUCGUAUUCAUGAGAGUUGAGGUGUGUGGGCUCUCGCUCGCUCUCUGUCCAUAUCUCCCUUCACAGCCAUGCACACAGAGCGACCGUGAACACCGCAAAACCAUAAUGGAGCUCUUCCUGUGGUUUGACCUGCUGUUGCUGCUGGUGGGCGUCCGGUCCACCUCGGUCAAGAACUGCCACCCGGGCUGCCACUGCGAGGUGGAAAGCUUUGGCCUGUUCGACAGCUUCAGCCUGACCACAGCAGACUGUCGAGGGUUGGGCCCUGGCGCCGCCAUGCCCGUGCCCAUACCGCUGGACACCGCCUACCUGGACCUGUCCUCCAACGCCAUGGGCCGGCUCACUGACACCAUGCUGGCCGGGCCAGGCUAUACCACCCUUGUUAGCUUGGACCUUAGCAGCAACCACAUUGCAAUGGUAAGCCCCAAUGCUUUGUCCAAGCUACAUUACCUGGAGACUCUGGAUCUGAGCCACAACGACUUGGAAGGCCUAUCGCCUGGCUGCUUCUUUGGCCUCCCUCUGGCUGAAGUGGACCUUAGCCACAACAACUUCCGGGACUUCGACAUGGAUGCGUUUGCGGCUAAAGUAAACGGCAAACCAGUCAGUGUGGAUCUGUCACACAACAAGCUUGUGUCCAUUUCCACAACGCCGCACAGGAAACUUGUACACAUUCAAAGCUUGAAUCUGACGGUGAACCGUCUUUCGAGCGUACCAAGGUUAGAAGGACUUAAGAUACUGAGAUACCUCAAUCUGGAUAGCAACCCCAUCAACGACAUUAAAGAGGGAGACUUUGCUCACCUUACAGAUCUGGUUUACUUAUCUCUCAGCAGCCUUCAUCAGCUUCAGAAAAUUGAGGCGCACAGCUUUAAGAGCCUCCAAAGCCUUCAGGUGUUGGAGCUCUCCAACAAUCCCAAGAUGAAGUCACUAAGCCCGUCCGUUUUCACCGGACUGGAGUCACUGCAGGAGCUGAAUUUAUCUGGCUCUGGAGUGACGUCCUUACCAAACAACAUGCUCUCGCACCUCCCCAGUAUAAAGAGCAUUACGCUAGGACAGAACAUCUGCUGCUGGAGGACCCAAAAACAAGGACAGUUUCACCGGCAGCUUGGUCAGACCCAACACUAUGAGGUGCUCAGCUGCAACCAGGAUGGCGUUGUGUUGUAGUCUUUAUACUAGCGCUGUGCCUUCGAUCCCUUACCCCUUUCCUAAGCUUUAAGAGGUUUCAUGUGGCCUUCAUAGACACAAAGGAUCAUUUCACAUAAAAUGCUGACUAUGUAUCCAAAACUUAUUUUCACAUUCUUCAUCUAAAUACAAACAAUAGCAAUCUUUUCACACUUGUUUUAUGUCACAAAUACGGUACAGUAGGUCACUGUUCUUCAUAGAAAACGGCUGACAACCUUAUUGGCACAUGGAUUUUACCACCACGGACCACAUUACCACUAAAUUAAGGCAUUAUUUCAGCCCAUUUUGAGGGUUUUCGGGACCAUCCUGCCUUUUUGAGUAAAUGCUAACCAGGAAGCGUAAGUCUGUUUGCCCUAGCAUAAAGACUGUACAAAUGCAUUAGCUGUACAGUAUUUAAGCUAAGAAAAAUCUGGUUCCACAGCACACUAAUACUGUACUGCAUUUCCAGUCAACCAGAGUGCUUCUUCAUUUUAUCACUAGUUCACAAGUCUAAUUACUCUUGCAACUUAAAGCAGUAGUUAAUGAUGUUUCUGAAGUUGAUUUAGCUGAGGUUUGUUUUGCUAGGAUAUUGACAUUUAUAACCCAAUUUAAUAGAGUGUGAGGAGCUUGUCAUACACUAAAAGGACCGUUUUUUUAACGUGAAUGUACUUUCAAAAGGCCAGCUCGUGAACAUGUCCAAUUGUGCAAGCCGUAUACCCUUGGACAUGGUGUUUACUUACUUUUAUGAGGUGAGCGACACCGAAGAGGGGAAACAAACAGGGACCACAUUGACUGGCAGUUCCCUUUUACUGUCCCCAUUUGGCAGAUGAAGUAUGACACACAAACCUUUUCCUGUGGACCUAAGAAACGACUGGGCUCAAGACCGCUUGAAUGUCUACAAAACAUAAAGACUUGAGGUUCUGGCUUUAGAAAUUGUCAUUUCCUUGGUGUGGAAUACAAUCAAAUAAUGUACGGUAAGUGUCUGUGGAAAGAUUUAUAUUUGUAUGGACGUCACAAUGCUGUAUGUAUUUUUGCAAAUAUAUAAAAGUUAUAAUAAAUUGAAA